CAAACUUUGGUCCAGGCUCCAGGGCUCACGGGACCGCGCGUCUCUGCUGACCCCGGAAUGUGCGUGCUCAUCUCGGCUUGGCUCUGCGCACUGCUCGGCCUCCUGCCUCUGGAGAUCCAGUCCCGGGCUUUGACUGUGCAGACGGUCUCACACGGUCACAGACAUCCAGAGCUUCUCCAGUGGGACCCCAGCCCCCCUGCAUCCCCCCUCUCUCCCCUCAUGGACAAUCACCUCCCACACACCGACAAACAGCUAAUCUGGAGAGCGCUCAUUCACAAAAACCUUCUUCCGCAUCACCACAACCAAGUGUCAGCAGAGGGACAGGAAGCAGUGGAGUCAAUGGGCAGGUUGCGGGGGUCACGAGGUCGUCGCCAUGUCAACAGUGUGGGAGGGAGGGGCCACCUAAUGCGAGUGGGCUGCGUUCUGGGCACCUGUCAGGUUCAAAAUCUGAGUCACCGCCUCUACCAGCUGAUUGGACAGAGCGGGAGAGAAGACUCCUCCCCCAUCAACCCACGCAGCCCCCACAGCUAUGGAUAGCACUAUGGCUAACAUACUACUGUACAUUCACUGUGCGACCGACCGCUACGCCUUAGUCCAACACUGGUAGAUGCUCCUGACUUCAACUGUUAUGUCAGAAAGU